CCCACCAUGAACUGCACCGACAGUGACACACAGCACAGCAUUGUGCUACUGCAGCUGGUUGUCUACAUCCCCGUGCUGGCUUUCGGGAUCCCGCUGAACACCAUUGCUUUCUGGGUCUUCUGCUGCAAAAUCAAGAGGUGGACCGAGACCAAGGUGUACAUGAUCAACCUCAUCGUCGCAGACAGUUUCCUGCUCUUUACCCUGCCUUUCCUGCUGUAUUUCACCAAGUACAACCAUCCCAUAGACCAGCUGUGUUUUGCCAUACAAAACAUCUAUUUCACAAACAUGCCUAUGAGCAUCCUUAUCAUCACCCUGAUUGCGAUUGAUCGAUACAUUGCAAUCAAGUUCCCUCUAAAAGCAAAGACUCUUCGAUCCCCACUGAAAUCAGCUUUUAUCUGUGGCUUUCUUUGGAUAGCACUUAUAAUUUAUUCCAACUUGUAUCCAAGACUUUACAAUCACUGGGACAAUUGCUGCUUUCGGAAACAAUCUAUUCAACCUAGGUAUUUCUCAUUACUCUUCAGUAUCUGUGGGUAUUUUAUUCCCUUAGGGAUUGUGAUUUUUUGCUCAGUAAAAGUCAUCAGAUGUCUAAAACAGAAAAUGGUCACAACCCCUCAUGAGACAAAAUUAUUUCAGAAGGCUGUGCACAUUGUUUCUGUGAAUUUGUGUGUGUUCACUGUCUGUUUCUCACCUUUCCAAAUCUCACUGCUCUUGCGGUUUGCAGUGGAACUUGCUGGAGCUUCUUCUCUGCUCUCAGGAGUUACAACCUUUCUUAAGAUCUCUGCAUGCUUAGCAAAUUGUAACUGCUGUUUGGAUGCAUUUUGCUAUUACUUUGCAGCCAAGGAAUUUCCAGAAUUUUCUUCURUGUUCCCCAAGUGUAUAUUUAUAAGGUCCAAGACGAACCAAAGCGAAGAGUCGCAGCCACCCACGGAUCAAGUGAUGGCAUAAACCAUGUGUAGUGCAUGGCAGGUGUCAAGUGUCACGAUGCUGCUGAAGUUUUCAGGCACAGGGAAUGGAACCACCUAAAGUACUGGCAAUCUUACAUAGGCAUACGUACAAAAAAGAGCAACCCCCUCCAAAGGGUCUGAUGGUGACUUGAAUUUUGUCCUGUGUCCUCAAUGACUUGACUUCAGCUCUGACUCCUUUCUUGUGUCAUUGCAUUGCAGCUCCAAGCGCCUCCUGGUGACAGCUGUGUCUUGGUUGGCUUCAUAGUCCUUCAUUUUCAGUGUCUUCUGACUUGUAAACCUCUGAAAAAUGUCCUUCCAGGAUUGCAAGCUCAUAUUCUGCUCAUUUAAACUUAGAGGCAAUCAAGUUCCUUAGUGACACAGAGUUCCCGUACAAGUCUGUUACCUUGCAGUGACACUCAUCCAGACCACAGUCUGAAACCACUGACUAGACCUUGGUCAAAUGAACAUGCAAAGGACUACCCCAGCACGGAAAGUAUCCCAUAUCCAAACAUUAGCUCCACCUGCUUUGUGUCAAUACUUUGGCAGAUAACAGGGUGGAAGCUGCAGUGAGAACUGUGCUGUGAAAACGGGUGAAACAACUCAGGUCAUCCAGCUGAUAAUUUAUGUCCCARUUUUCUUCUCUGGUGUAUUAUUUAAUGCUCUGAUAUUACUGGUAUUUCWCUGCAGGCCUGUGUGUGUAUGUGACCAAUUUAACCAUUGCACACUGUAUAGCCCUCGUUCUGUCUUCUAAAUUCUCUUUUCAAAGACAGGAAAAAAUACUGGAAACAAGGAGUGCCUGAUCUUGAAAACCAUCYAUUCCUUAAGGAGAUGUGUGAGUGCUGUCACCCUUGUAGCCAUCCACAAGUAUUCUGCAAUUAACUGCCCUCAGAGAGCAAGAGGCUUCCUGACAGACAUCAUUUACUCUCCACGCAAGUAGAGUUCAGCAAGGAAAAAUACUUCAGAAACAGAACAAAGGGCCUUMAAAAACAUUUUUGGCUCUAGGAUUCUCUUCUGGAAC